AUGUCCUCGCGCUUUCCCCCUUCAUCCGGGUAUUCUUCCCGCGGAGAUCGUUCACCACCUCAGCGCUAUUCAGAUCGCCGACCUUCAUUACCGCCUGGCUUACGAGAUGAUCCAAAUCUCACACCACUUGGGCGCGAGCCGCCACGAGGGCCGAAAGCAUUGAUUGAUGCUCCUCGUGGUGGUCUUUAUUCAGGCGGUCGUGGUCGGGGAUAUCCGCCACGCAAUGACUUUCGCGAUCGAGACCGUGAUCGCGACCGAGAUAGGGAUCGCGAUAGAGACAGGGACCGUGAUCGGGAUUUUCGUGAUGGUCCACCGUUUCGCCGAGAUGAUCGCGACAGAGAUUGGCCUCGCAGAGACCGUGUAGAUCGGGAUUUCGACUCCCGAGAUGGUCGUCCUCCUUUUCGACGCUCGCGAUCGCCUCAACCACGCGAUCCCAGAGAUUUUAGAGACUCUCGGGAACUUGGGCCCCGCGACGGUGACAUUGUGCGCAUGCGACGCAAUUCGAGAGACAGUCUUGUUUCGAGUUCGUCAAACCCAGGAGAUGGUCCAUCGGGGAAUCAGAACAUAGGCCACCCGCCUCCAAUGCGAGGUGGUCUCGGUCGCGGCCGUGGUCGAGGUGAUUGGGAAGGUGGUCGAGGACGUGGCCGAGGACAUUUUAUGGAUGAUCGAGAUAACUUUCGACGUCGAAGUAGGUCUCGUGAUGGGUGGUGGGAUCGCGAACGCGAGCGCGAAAGAGAACGAGAUUUUAGGGAUCGUGAUCGCGAGUUUGACCGGCGUGAUCGUUUUGAUCGUCGCGAUGAGGACAGGCGACCAGAACGAGACGACCGUGACCGCCCGCUCGAACCCUGGAAGAAGGAUAUCCUUCCACCCCGUUCAGAUAACCGUAUUCCCUCUGGCCCAAGGAGUACUUCUAUUCCGCCAACGGGUGCAUUGAAUGUCCCUCGACCCGAGCCAAAGGUGCAAGAUCAGCCGACUCCUGAACUAGUGCGCAAAACUUCUACGGUGCUACCACCUGUGAGAGAUCCUCGUCGUGAUACAGAGCGACCCGCCCUUCCGUUAUCCCGUACAGAAACCCUUAGGGAAUCAAUUGUACCAAAGGGAUCACCACCACCAUCCGCGCCUCAAGUUCCUGCUUUUGGAUCCGUGACUCUUCCUCCAAGUCUUCUUUCCAUUGAGAAGUCUGCUUCACAACCAGCCCUUCAACCCCCUCCUACUCAAACCUCGUCAGCAAUACCCAGCAAGCCCGAACGCAGCCGAGCAGAAAUUAUAUCUUCUGCCACAGCCAAAGAACCCCCUAAAGAAGCUCCCACAGAACCUAAAGCUCACCGAGCUGAACCCAAGGCCCAAAUCAGUGUUUCUCAAACCAAGGAAAAAAUAUCUGAACCAUCUCGGUUGGAUUUACCAAAUCGACCUUCUAAACCCGUUCCAACGGGACCCGCGACUUCGGCGGAACAGUCUACUUGCGAUGCGUCUCCUCCUACUGCCCCCGCCGCUUCAUUGAGAUGCGAGUCGUUUGCUGCAGAGCCUCGAGGCCGCCACGACAAUCUUGCGAGCAUUUCUCCUCCUUUAGGCCCUGCAGCUACUUCACCUGUACUAUCGCGGUCACAGUUGCCGGCCGCAAGCCGUGGAGGUUCUCCUCAGACUUCUCCCCGCUUGACAUUUGGCAGUGUGCCUACCGGACCUCGUGCGGGAAUUAGGCAGUCUUCUCGCGGUGGCCAUGCGAAGAGUAAGCAGUGGCUUCGUCCUGGUUACAAUCGUGCGCCUCCAUCAACCGCUUCGCUAGGCAACCGGCAGGAGUCACAUGAAGAUGCAGAAUUGGACGAAUCACUUCGUGCCGUCGAGAACAAGAGACCUAUCCAUGAGGAGAAACACGAUGAAGAAGCUAAAAUUGUCGACAACGUAACUUCUGCAAAGUCGGAAUCUCUUACCGAUGAGAAAGAAAAGCCAAUUGACGCACAUCCUGUGGUAGCACCACCCGAGGCAGACGAAAAAGUCAAGGCACAAGCCGAGAAGAUAGAAUCAAAGCAGGAAGGCGAAGGAACACCAUCCAUCCUACCUGAUUUCACACGUUCUAGUGAUGAAGAAGAUGAAACUGAGGUUUUCACGGAGGACUAUCUCCAGGAACGAAAGAGGCUUUUCGAGAAGAGUAUAGUUGCCUUGCAAGCUGAAAUGCCACCGCCAACUCUGGAGGAUCCUGUUAUUGUCGACUUACUCAUGAAAGUCCAGUUGUUGGGGAUGAUUAUAGAUGGCAGUGUUCCUGAAGAACCAGAACCAUCUGCUGUCGAGACGAAUGUGGAGGAGGUUUCAAAGACAGUGGUACCGGCUCCUACGUACAAAAAGGAGAUGGAUAUUGAUGAGCCUGCUCCUACAACUCCGACCAAAGAAGCUACGCCGGUGGAAGUUGUUAGCAAAGACACCAUCACUGUUGAUAGUUUGCCUUUCUUGGUCUCGGGUCCUCCCACUCCAAUCUCGGAACUUGAUGUCUUCCAAGAAAACAUCAAGACACACGAGCGCAUACAGGAAGCGAUUCGCAAUACUGUAGCGAGACAGCGGAAGGAAGCGUCAGAGAAGAACAAACGACUACGAGAGGAGUACGUUGCGAUCUACAAACCUUGGCGAUUGACUGUACGAGACUUGGAUCAGAAGAAAGAGGAGGAGAGGAAAGGAAGCACUCCUAGUGCAGGUACUCCACCUGUCACGCCUGCUCCUGCUCCUGCUGCUGAAAGCAGAGAGGGCAGGCGAUAUAAAGGAAACAGUGAACUGGAUUUUCAGAAUGCACUUAAAGCAUCUGCCAUCUCUGCCCAAGAGGAGAUGGAGCGCCGUCGUCGUAUGGAGGCCACAGCACGACCAGAUCCCGACAGAGAUGCUGACAUCCCGAAUAUGCUUGAAAAGUAUGAGAUUGAAGCUGGCGCCUUUAAAGACACCAAUAACAAGAUCGACCCUGCCGAUGCUUUGGCUGUUUACGGUUUCUAUCCGCCACCGGAUGACUUCACAGAAGAAGAACACAAAUUGUUCCUCGACGCUUUCAUGGCAUACCCCAAGAAAUGGGGUAAGAUUGCUGAAGAGUUACCGGGACGUACAUACGCUCAAUGUAUCAGUCAUUACUACAUGACCAAAGAGGAGGUCAAGUACAAGGCGAAGUUGAAUAAGAGAUGGAGAUCACAGCGACGCGCAAGAAAGUCAACUACGCGGCCCAAGUCCAACGCACUCAUGUCCGAUUUGAAAGCCGAUGGUGACGAUGAAGAAACUGUUCAAAUGACGGAGACUGGGCGACCUCGUCGUGCAGCUGCCCCAACUUUUGGAGGCGAUUCGACUACUGAGGCCGAGAACUCGCGCCGUGGUGGUGCCAAGGACAACGAACAUGGUGAGAAGCCUGCUAGUAGACGUGGUAGGACUGGUGCCGGCUCACGAGGAGGCCGAAGGGGUCGAACUGCUGCUCAACAACAACAACAACAGCAGCAGCAGCAGCAGCAACAAACAACACCCGCGCAGCCUGCUCAGUCACAACAGCAGGCGUUACAGCAGCAAGCGCAAGCCGUCCAGGCUCCUCCACCUGUACCAGCACAGCCACAGACGGCUGUCAACCUCCCACAACCUCUUCCCCCGACAGCAAUUGCUCCCGGAGUACCCCUCAUGGCAAAACAGGAACCCCGUGCGAUUGAAGGUCCAUAUGAAUUAGCUGCUAAAGCCAAGGAACUAGAGCGAGAGGGCGAAGAACUUCCUAAAUCGAAAUCAUCUCGCGGUCGCGGCAAAGAUUCCAUCUAUGUAUUUGAUGCUUCUGCCGACUAUGAAGCUAAACCAUCGUAUGAAAUGGGAUAUGGUGCAAUGCAACCGACAAGUUACUGGUCAGUUCCGGAAGUUCGAGACUUUCCCAUCUUGCUGGCGCAUUUUGGACGCGAUUUUGAGGGUAUAUCGAAUUUCAUGAAGACAAAGACGCCGAUCAUGGUGAAGAAUUACUACCAGCGCAAAAUAGAUUCGGGCAAUAAUGAAUUCGAGGAAAUUGUCAAAGUUACUGAAGUCAAGAAGAUGCGAGGAGAACCUACUGGCCCCUUACCAACACCAAAUCCUACUGUCAAGAGGCGAUAUGAAGCUACACCCUCUGCAGUGACACAUCGACCUCUUGCUCCUCACACUGACAUUGAAUAUCCGGAAGAUGCUCGCUUGGGACCGAAAAAAGCCGUCAUGUCUCCCACCCGUGUUGCUCAGGAGCUUGCUCCCGACCGGAACCUGAGCAGAUAUCCUCCUUUGGCGCAGGCAACUGGAGCUCCGUCUGCCACAAGCGGAAUUAUGCCUGAUGAUCCGUUGCGUAACAUACGUCAAUCAGGAGCCCCUCCUGCACCUCGAAGCUUCACAGGUCCACGCCUGGGAUACUUCACAGAGGAUCGGCGUGAGCCUCGCACGGCUACAGGAGCAUCACGUGGACCUGAACUGCAGCCAUCUCCUCGAGUAGCUCCUACGGUGCAAAGCCAUGACGUCGGUCGCAUAGAGCCUUUGCCUCAACAGUUGCGAGCACGACCGGAUUUCCACUCACAAUAUCAACCUGGACAACCUCCGGUUUACAUGCAAGCGCAGCCAAAUGUGGUGCCACCGUCCGCAAUGCCAGGUUCUCAUUCUCGACAUCCUAGCCUGACGGGCACAACAGCACCUGGGUCCCCGGCCCAACCAAUGCGGAAACACUCUCCUGACAUCUCUCCGAUUCGUCGUUCUUCGUUUAGUCAAGGCCAGCCUCAGUCAGGAUAUUACUCAUAUGCUACCGCCAGUGUUCUUCCAAAGACGACGGUUUCACCAGUCAAGGAGCUACCUGCGCCCACUCCUCUUCCCUCACUACCGGAGCCCACUCGCCAAGUGCCUGCUAAACGAUCCAACAUCAUGAGCAUCUUGAAUGAUGAGCCAGAGGAGCUUCCGCCGCGCAAGCGUUUUGCAAGCGAGAUGAUUCCGUCCCCAAGGAUGGCGUACGGUCAAAUAGAUGCUCCUGGUUCGGCAACAUCCAAUCUCCGGCACGAGGAAAAGGUAUCAUACUUCCCUUCAACUCAGCAACAGCAACCUUUGCAUGGAGCGUCUGCCCAUCAAGCAUCUUCAGGCCGUCCAUCCUAUUCGGAUUAUGCGCCCUACGCUCCAUCAGCUCUAAACAAUCCGCCUACUGCUACUGGGCCACCGAAUCACGAUUGGAUAACCAGAAUGGAUCCGCGCAAUCAAACUCAGCAAUCUGUGGAUCCAAUUCGCCAACCUCCUCAAGGUCAGUAUGUCGCGAGUGGCGGUUACCAACCUUCACAAGCUGCGUCAAACAGUCAGCCUCCUACUCCAUCUCAGGGCAAUACCCCGGCAGGUCAUCGUGGCUAUCAGGUAUACGCACCAUCACCACAUGGCCAAGGUGCACCCACGCCGCCACUUUUGGCUACAAAUAGUCGAGAUUCUCGCGAAGCGUCGAAUUCAGUCUACCGUCAUCAGAAUGCCGUGUCUCCACCACCCCAUCAAAAUGUGAUAUAUAGCUCGCGUCAAGUCCAAUCACCCGCUCAGUCUCCUGCCACUCCGUUGAGUAUGCCCCAGCCUCGCCAAGCAUCCGGCCCUGGUCCUUCGUAUGGUUCUUCGGUUCAUCCUCAGACAUCUUCCCCCCACCAAUUGGCGCCUCAGCAUCGAUCAACUCACAGUGGCAAUCAGUCAUAUCAACAACAUGUGCAAGCAAUGGUGAACGGACAACAAGGACAAUCAGCAGCGUCCUCCGGACGAACACCCAUUGGUAUAGCUGCUGGUUCUCCAUCUCCAUAUGCAGCAUCUGCUUCUCCUUCCCAACAACAACAGCAGUCUGUAGGCCCUUACCGUACUAGCUCUCUCGGCAAUCCCCCACCAACUCUGGGUAUGCCUCGACCAUAUACACCUCCUGCCAGUGUACAUGCUCCUCCACCAGCGCCCACACUAGGAGGAAUUCCUUAUCCUAAUAACGGGCCUGGUUCUGGACCGGGAGUUGCGCACAUGCAUCAUAGUCCAUAUUCGAAUCCACACGAAUCUCAUGGACCUCCUCAGCACGCCAGCCAUCACAGAGUAUACAGCCAAGGAAGAUCAGCACCUUCGCCCCGAUAGAUGAAUUCGAGUAUACGGAAUUGCAACUUUGGGUUUAUCCUUGAAUCUAUUGAAAAGAUUUUAUUUGUUCUUUUUUUCUUUUCUGAAUGUAUUUUAUAGUAUGUCUGAUGACCCUUUUUACUCCAUGCCGGGUUGGCGUGACCGGCGUAGAGUAGUGUAUAAAUAUGACUAUUGUUGAUUGCAAUACUACUUAUGGUAAUGGAAUAUUUAGGUAGAUCUAAACUCAAUCA